GACUAAGAAAUCGCGCUAAGCAGUCGUGUAUAGUGGCGCGCCAAAAACAAUUCUUCUUUACUUCUUCUUGCUAUGGACCAGCACCGAGCCACGACGUCGCCGCAGCCACGUGGACCAUGUCGGCUGUUGGAAGUCGUUACCGUCGCCGUCGCCGACGUUGUUGUUGCUGUUGUGUGAAGGUGUAUUCUGAAGCGAUUGAAAAGCGUCGGUGUCUACCAUAUCCAAUGGUAACGAACACCUACGAUGUUUUCUUGAAUUAUGCGAAGUUAUGUGGAUGUUGAUUGACGUUUAGAAUGAGAUGAGUGGUCGAGUUCCGCCCGUCAUAAUAAUGCAGACGGUGAUAACGUGGCGACGUCCCAUGGACGCGUCUCUGUACCCUCCGACCGGAAAUACGUGCGCGUAUCUCCUUGGAAACGCCAUGUGCUACAUCAUAUCCGGCCUAAUGCUGCUCGUGGUGGGAGUGAUCAUAACGUCCUUGACCUUCCAGAACCUGGAGGAGCAUGACGACAACAAGGAGAGAUACGCCGGGCCCGUGUUGAUAGGCGCGGGAAUUCUCGUGAUCGCGCGAGGUGCUUUUAGCCGUCUUCGUCGGCCCGCGCGAUCCGACUUGGCGCGCAGACGAUCGUUUCUCAGGAGAUAUAUUAGAGAGAUUUAUAGCAGACCCAUGUUAGCAUUUAGAAACAGCUCAUCAUUAAGCCUCUGUGAUAUUCACGUAACAGAUUUCCAGGAUUGUCCCAGAACCAGACUCUACAGCGAUGAUCCGCCGUCCUAUGAUAUCGUCACAAGCGAUGAGUACCUGUCUCAGUACGUGACCAGCUCAACCAUUCAGACGGACGAUGACCGCACGGAACUCAUCGAGGCAGACGAACUCGAGCCGCCGCCAUCUUAUGACGAAUUUAUGAGGUCACAGCAGAUGAGAACUACGCAGUUGUAACUCUGACGUCAGACGAGUUUAUGAGGUCACAGCAGAUGAAAACUACUCAGUUGUAACUCUGACGUCAGACGGGUUUAUGAGGUCCAGUAGAUGAGAACUACUGAAUUGUAACGCUGACGUCAGACGAGUUUAUGAGGCCACAGCAGAUGAGAACUACCCAGUUGUAACUCUGACGUCAGAUGAGUUUCUCACGGAUGCAUAAUUGUCGCCAAUGUGUGUGUGUUUUGUGCGAUUCGAUUUUUUUAAUAUACAUAUAUGUGGAACAACAGAAAAUAUCUUGUCUUAAUUUGCAGGGAAUGCCUUUAUAAUUUUAUAACGCCUUCUACUUUAUCGCUAAAAAUAGCGUGUGCUAACAGGGUUUGUGUCAUUACAAACAACAUGAUACACAGCUGUCAUCAUCAUCCAGUUUUGUGCAGCUGAAAGCGAAAAAGAGUGGAUUGGUCUUCUUGAAGUGUUUCGUGGUAUUUUCUUUGCCAUCUGCACGAAUAUUGGUAUGUUUUUUUCUGUUCUUCAAGGGGCUUUCUCACUUUUCGAUUUUUAUUGUAACGAUUUUUAGUAGACUCGAAUGGUAGAGUGUGAACCCCGACCUCGUGUUGACCUUUGUAGGUACUACAAGUCGCGAGGACAUCGUAGCAAAUAGGACAUGUUCUGUUCCUACGAUUCAUGCAGCUACUACAAGUCCUUAUUGUAAAACAUCGUUACAUGAGAACGCCGCUUUUCGGACAGGCUGCACACAGGAACAUGACAUAGUAAUAACAAAAUAGCAAUAACGAGGCGUGAUUCGAGUUCGUUCUAUUUCGUGGAAUAAGCUUUAAGUUGGUGUGUGAGGAAUUAUUCACAACGAAAGAACACUAAUGCAGAGAAUGGUCGAUGUUUUAAUCAAAUCGCCAGGAAUCCACACUUCUCAAAUAAAAGGUGCUGUUAUCUUACAGAAUGGAUACGACAUUGGUUCUGUUCUGGACGUGAGUGGCGAAUCCAGAGAAAGGGUCGUUGACUUGAGCCUCCCUUGUUAGACACAUCAUUUCAGUGACCUAAUUUCUAUGAAGGCAGCAUUCCCCUGGAUCAGUAUUCCUGUAGGUCAUCCAACAAAAUAAAGACUCUUCUGGCACACCAACAUACUCCACCUUUCGAGCGAAACACUGGUUCAAAAUGCCAUCACAUUACACCAUCUCAAUGGGCUCUGCCUUGAUGAUAGAUCAGGAUCUGUCACUGAUCCAGAAUAGCUGAAGCAUCUAUUGUUAAACGAUGUUUGAAGAAGUAGCUAGAUUUUUCUCUGGAUAUCGAACUUCCACAGAUCGCGAUUGUAUUUCCAUUCACCAUGGCAUUGAGCUCAGCCGUGAAGACAGACCAGUAUCCACUUCUGAUUCCCAUUAUAUGACCAUUUAUUAUCAUAUCUGAUGCGGUAGUUCAGCAUUUGGAUGAGUUGUAAAACGGUCAUACAUCGCGAUUGUAUUAUUUUCCACCACCGCAUUGAACUCAGCCUUGAAGACAGACCAGUAUCCACUUCUGAUUCCCAUCACGUGAUCAUUACUACCAUAUCAAGUCUGAUGGGGUAGUUCAGCAUUUGGAUGAGUUGUAAAACUUUAUCAAUAAAAAAAACCCAAGAACUUGAACUGGGCUAGACAACGACCUGUCAUAGAUCGCGCCUGUUGCUCAUGUUGUGCAUGUGCUCAUUUGUCGAAUGAAAUAAAUACAAAGCUUUCACAA